AUGUCGGGGCUGAACUAUGUCACCUUCAACCAGGAUCACAGCCUGCUGGCCGUUGCAACCACCCGCGGCCUGCGCGUCUAUACCACAGAUCCCUUCGAACUCACCAACCAUUCAUACGAAGAAGACAUCUCUCUUGUUGAGCAGCUCUUCUCGACUUCCCUCGUUGCCAUGACCCUCACACCGCGACACCUCCGCAUUGUUAAUACCAAGCGGACGCAGAGACACUCGACCAUAUGCGAGCUCACCUUCCACGGCAUGGUGGUCGCUGUCAAGAUGAACCGGAAGCGCCUCGUGGUGCUACUGGAGGAAAUCGCCUUCAUCUACGACAUCAGCAACAUGAAGAUGCUGCUCCAGCACCCCACACCUCUCAAUCCAGCUGGCAUCUGCGCCAUAUCACCCAGCUCCGAGAACAACUACCUCGCUAUCCCCCACUACCAGAGGACGGGACACAAUACGAAUGCCCCGCCCGCGCAUGUGCCCAAUUCAGCAGCUGCGAGGGAGUCCGUCAGCGGCGAUGUGCUGCUCUAUGAUCUGGGUCGCGAGGAAGAGGUGACUGUGAUACAAGCCCAUCAGUCGCCACUCUCGUACAUUGCUCUCAACAACGAUGGCACUCUCAUGGCCACCGCAUCAGAAAAGGGCACCGUGAUCCGCGUCUUUUCCAUUCCCUCUGGCAAGAAGCUCUAUCAGUUCCGCCGCGGAAGUAUGCCCGCCCGCAUCUUCUGCAUCUCUUUCAACGCUACCUCCACCCUUCUCUGCGUCUCGUCUGCGACAGAGACGGUCCACAUCUUCAAGCUCGCCCCACCAGGCUCCAACCCCAAUAACGGCAACACGCCGCGUCCGAUCUCACCGCCCUCAUCCCCUCGACACAGCUCAUUCUCGUCAUCUCGCCAACGGAGCGAAUCGCCCAUCCAAUCCGAAAUCGAAUCCUCCGAACAAAACCUCGACGGCGACCCGAGCGCCCUCGCAUCAGCUCCCCAGCCCCGCCAAGCAGGCUUCAUGUCUCUCGUCCGCCGCACCUCGCAAAACGUCGGCACCACCAUUGUGUCACGCGCCGCUGGCUACCUCCCCUCCUCUGUGACAGAGAUGUGGGAACCUCAAAGAGAUUUUGCCUGGGUAAGAGUACCCAGGGGAGCAAAUGGACAACCUGUAAGAUGUGUGGUGGCCAUGGCCAAUAGCGUUCCACAUGUCAUGGUGGCAACGAGCGAAGGGGAUUUCUAUGUCUACAUGGUGGAUCUGGAGAAGGGCGGAGAAGGGACGCUGGUCAAGAGAUUUGAGUAUGUGGAGCCCUCGGAUACUGUCUCUGGUUCUUGA